AUGUCUGUCUCGGCGCGUUAUAUGCGAUACCUGGUGUUCGCCUUGGUCGGAGUGACAUUCUUCUAUCUCGUCUCCCGAUCCUCUCUCGAAAUUCCAACUAGCUCCUCAUUUGCCCCACCCUCUCCUUCCUACGAAGAGUUCAAGGAGGAAAAGCCCCAGACCCCCGUCUCUGAAACCUCGGAAAGGGUGAACGCCACCUUUGUUACUCUCGCCCGUAACGCCGACAUUUGGGAAAUCGCCAAGUCCAUCCGCACCGUCGAGGACCGAUUCAACCGCAACUUCCACUAUGACUGGGUAUUCUUGAACGAUAACGAGUUUGACGACGAAUUUAAGAAGCUUACGACCGCACUGGUAUCUGGUACAACCCACUAUGGUGUCAUUCCUAAGGAGCACUGGUCAUACCCUGAAUGGAUUGACGAGGACAAGGCGCGCGCAGCUCGCCUGGAGAUGGGUCGCAAGAAGAUCAUCUACGGUGACUCGGAGAGCUAUCGCCACAUGUGCCGCUACGAGUCUGGAUUCUUCUUCCGUCACGAGUUGAUGAUGAACUACGAGUACUACUGGCGUGUAGAGCCCAGCAUUGAGCUCUUCUGCGAUGUCCCCGGAGACCCAUUCCGAUUCAUGAAGGAAAACAACAAGAAAUACAGCUUUGUUAUUAGUCUGCUGGAGUACUACGAAACCAUUCCCACCCUGUGGGAUAGUGUGAAGGGCUUCAUGAAGAACCACCCGGAGCAUAUCGCGGAGGGUAACGCCAUGGAGUUCAUCAGCGAGGACGGCGGUGAGAGCUAUAACAAGUGCCACUUCUGGUCCAACUUUGAGAUUGGCAGCCUGGAAUGGUUGCGGUCCGACCAAUAUAUUGACUAUUUCACCAGCCUGGAUCACGAUGGUGGCUUCUUCUACGAAAGAUGGGGCGAUGCACCGGUCCACUCGAUUGCUGCCUCGCUCAUGCUCAAGGCGGAUGAAAUCCAUUUCUGGAAUGAAAUUGCCUACUACCAUGUUCCAUUCACCCAUUGCCCCAGCAGCGAGAAAACGAGGCUGGAUCUUCGCUGCCACUGCAAGCCGAGCGAGAACUUUGAUUGGGCGGGUUACUCAUGCACAAAACGGUGGUUCGACGUGAACAAUUUGCAGAAGCCAGAUGGCUGGGAUAAGCAGCAAUGA